AUGGCUCAAGCGAUUCCUAUAUAUGCUAUGCAAUGCUUUUUGAUUCCGAAGAGCAUCACUGAUGUAAUUGAGCGAAUGUGUAGAAAUUUCUUUUGGGCACAGAAAAAGGAGGAAAGGAGGCUUUUGUGGGUGGCUUGGGAGAAGAUGUAUUUUUCGAAGAAAGAAGGAGGUAUGGGGGUGCGUGAUUUUCAAGCUUUUAAUAAAGCUCUUCUCGCCAAACAAGCGUGGAGAGUUCUUAAUAACACAAAAUCCCUCAUGGUGAAGGUUCUUAAAGGGAAGUACUUCCCUUCAAAAAGCUUUUUGGAUGUUAGAGUGAGUCCUAAUGCUAGCUAUACAUGGAAAUCUAUUUUUGCUGCCAGGGAUUUGGUGACUAAGGGAGCUCGAAGAGUUGUUGGAGAUGGAGGCUGUACGAAUAUAUGGUCCGAUCCUUGGGUUCCUGGGCUUCCAGGUUUUAGAAUUCUGCCAAGAAAUAUGGGAGCUGAUUAUGAAGGGCCUAAGCUUGUUUAUGAGUUAAUUGAUAAUGGGGCUUGGAAGGAUAGCGAAAUUGAAGUUUUAUCUUCAGAUCGGGAAGCUCAAGCUAUUAAGGAUAUCCCUUUACCUCGGCAUAAUUCAAGCGAUUUUUGGACAUGGCAUUUUAGUAACAAUGGGUACUUCUCUGUGAGAAUUACGUGCUUAUUAUGUGGAGUUGAAGAGUAA